AAACUACCCCUAAAAAAACCCAUUCAUACGGUUCGAAUGGAUAUAAAUCUGGUUGGUAAUAAACUGCCAUCCCUAGUGUAUGAUAAUUCUUAUCGUCUCUCCUUUUCUCCUUUCUGGCUCCACACUUGGUCAGCAGCUGUUGUCUCAGACCCAAAAAUCUCUCCCUAUUAAUCUUGUUUUUCUCGAGAGGGUUUCUUUUAAGAUCUUUGAAAAUCCCAUUUUGUUGAGCAUAAAUCUGAUUGGUCAUUGAAGAUAAACUGUGAGACAUUUGAUAGGAAAUUACUUGGAAUAGAAGAUGAACAACUCCUCUACAGGAUCCUCAUCGAAAUCGAAAGCUGGGUCUUCUUCACAGCCUUCGGAAACUUCAUUUAAGCGAAAGCGGGGGAUGUUUCAGAAAGACUUGCAGCACAUGAUGUAUGGUUUUGGCGAUGAUCCAAAUCCUCUCCCAGAGACAGUGGCACUUGUGGAGGAUAUUGUUGUGGAAUAUGUUACGGAUAUGGCACAUAAAGCCCAAGAAAUCGGAUCAAAGAGGGGAAAGCUUUCAGUUGAGGAUUUUUUGUUUCUAAUUCGCAAGGAUCCUCCGAAGCUCAACCGUUGUACGGAGUUGCUGUCUAUGCAAGAGGAGCUAAAGCAAGCAAGGAAGGCUUUUGAGGUAGACGAGGAGAAGCUAGCGUCAACGGAGUGACAUGGGAUAGGAAUAGUUGACGGGUAGCUGUUUGUAAAUAGUGGAACUGGAUAAAUCAAUCUGAGUGUAAAAAGUUUCUGCGAGCAAAUGUGGUGCAGACCCAUUUGAAAGGAUGGAAUCCAUCAUUUCAUGUUGUAACCAUUGUCAAAGCAUAUGCGGGAAGGAUUGCUGCAAACUUCAGGAAUGCCUUCCCAAGUUUUAAUAGUUGACACACGGAAGUGGACUUUGAGUAGUAAA